GUGUUUCAUAAGUGUUAUUCAACAAGUUGAAUGUAUCUCACUGGAGCAUCCGAGCGAACAAAACAGUUAUCUAUUUGAUGCUGUCUGGUCAAAAUAGAGUAUUACAUUGUUGCAAGCAUUUGGCCUCCCUUUAUUAAAUAAUAGCCAACCAGCAUUGAGAUAAAGUGAGUGAUCUCAGCUGUGAAUGGUCAUAGUGUGCCAAAAAAAAGUGUCAAAGGAAGCCAGUUUGGAUUUGGCUUCAGAGCAAUCACAUCAGAAACCAAACAUAAUGGAGAUAGGAAUUUUGACUUUUUUUUUAAUGCGAUUCUGAUCCAACCAUACAUUCCUACAUUGUGCCCUGACCAUACACUGACCUGAGAGGAUGGAAGUUCAACAUAUAGCUAGAUGUAGUAUGCUAAUGUUUACUAGCUGGCCUGGCGCAUUGUUGCUCCUGAAGUUAAGUUAGGCUAGCGAGCAAGCAUUUUAGCCAGGUAGCCUAGGACAACAAAAACUAAAAAUGUGUACUGUAUGAGAGAGUCAUAGACUGUUUAGGCAACAUGAAAGAAAAGGACGGCAUUGGCAUUUCUACAAGUAGGGUGUGGAUUGUGAAGAUGGAGGGAGAGCAUCCUCAUGAGGAGAAGCAGACUGAAACGGCUUGCUGUGUAUCCCAAUGUCCCAAAGAUGGAGAGGAAAGGCAGGGACAAGGGGCUAUGUUAUGGUCAAUCCAGGAGGCAGUGGAGAGGCAGACCAUGCAGAUAGGAGCGUCCGCCUGUGGGGCAACGGCCGUAGUGGACGUCCUACAGGCCCUCGGCAUCAUUGUGGCACCCGAGACGGCUGACCGGUGUGUGCGGACGUGCCUGAGGAGGAACGAGGCGCCGCUGCCCGAUUACCUGUUCUCCCGGAGCGAGGCUGGCGCCACACAUGCACAGCUGAUAGCUGGGGCGGAGCAGGCCAGUGGUGGGCGCGUGCUGGGUCGCCACUUCCCCCUCCACCCUCGCCGGCGGGUGAGGCUGGUACCCUGGCUGGCACAGUGGAUCCAGAAAGGGGCAGUGCCCGUGGCCACCAUGAACAUGCAGCUGGCAGUGCCAGAGGGAGAGGAGGUGCCCGACGCAUGGCACCACCAACUCAUCUUUGGGGUCGGACCCGACACUGUCUAUAUGACCAACCCCCUGGAUGUGGUGAGUGAGCGGGAGGUGCAUCAGCGACUCUGCAGUGAAUCUGUGUUGCUGAUACGUCGAGAGGAUGUGCUGCUGAGAUUGACAGCUGACGCCCCUCUGUCUAGCCUAUCAGACGACCAGUCUGACCCACGCUGGAAAGCCCUGGAUGUGGAGGGUCAAUUGAGGCAGAUGAUUCGUGAGGAAGACCAUGAUGAUGAAGAUCAGUUUAGGAUGAGCCAUGUCGUGAUCCCCGCAGCGUACAGUUCAGGUGUGACAGUCUUCGCCCUCAGAGACUCAGACCAAGGACGGGAGCUUCUCCACACCCCUGAACUCCCUUUGCUUUGAUAUGGCUGGACAGUGGACACAUCAUUACCAAAAAUCUUGCUCUGAUUGGACAAAGCAUCUUUGACCUUCCCGCUAUUGUUACAUGUAUUCGGUGAGGGGAAAUGUUCAGAAACUGGUGAUAGAAAUGUCAUUAAUAGAGCUAACAUGGUUCCUUAUUCUACAGGUAAGAGAGGCUUGUCUGUUCUACAUAUUAUAUUUCUAUCUGAACAUCCAACAACGUUGCACCCUGCUGAAUGUGCCCCAGGCGUAUUCAGUGAGGUGAAGCACUCAAAAACAAAAAAGAAGCACUCAAAAACUAUAGAAUUGAUAGAGCUGACUCAAUUUCCUAUUCAGACACAACUCAUAAUUCUGAUAUGUCUAUCUAUAAUAUUGGCCAGUCAUGUUGUACACAAUACAUUUUUUAUCUGAACGUUCAGUAACGUUACUCCGACCUGAACGAGGCCCUGCUGCUGUACAGUAGGAUAUCCGUCCCUGACAGUAAUACUUUGUUUGAACACUUUUCUGGGUCGUAUUCCCUGACAUCAAGCAGAAGAAAAUUAACUGAAACAGGGAGUGACUCCCUGAACUUACCCAAUAACAAACAUUCAUUUUCCUAUUCCAUUGCAUAACGUUUUGCUACAUGCACUAAUGAAUAUGACCCUGAUCUUAUGUGUGUGAUGUUAAGAGUAGCCUACUUGAUGUAUGCCCCUGCACCAGUGGAGGCUGCUGAGUGGAGAACGGCCCAUAAUAAUGGCUAGAACUGCGCAAAUAGAAUGGCACCAAACACAUAGAAACCAUGUGUUGGAUGGACUUGAUACCAUUCCACUAAUUCCGCUCCAGCCAUUACCAAGAGCCCGUCCUCCCCAAUUAAGGUGCCACCAACCUCCUGUGCCCUGCACAUUGAAAUGGUGCACGGUUUGAAACCCUGUCUUCUGCAGUAGGACAAUCAACCCUAAUGCGCCACUCUGUGCAAUACCAGAUAAGCUAAAUCUGUGGCACUGGGAUGUAAAAUGUGAUGCUGUGCUCAUCUACACAGAUACAGAUUAGGUGUAUAUCGUGAGUGUGCUCAUGAUUUGCAGUUUUCUGUACUCAAGAUUUUUGGCUACCACUUAUUUGGCCAGUUUCCCAGACACAGAUUAAGCCUAGUCCUUGACUAAGAAUGAUGUUCAUUGGAGAUUCUCCAUUAACAGUAGCAGUUGAGUCCAGGACUAGGCUUGAUCUGUGUCCAGGAAACCAACCAAAUAUGAAACAAUGUUUAAAUCAAUCAACAUGCAUCUGUUGUCGUUCCAGGUUGUGAUGUUUGUCAUUGUUAACUCCCUUUUAUUUGUAAGCUAUCAAAAUACAUAAAGAGUCACAAGACCUAUAUAUAACAACUCCCAGUCAUUUAUUGGGUAAAACACCAAAGUUUCGGCAU